AUGAUGAUGAGCACAUCUGAUUACAGCAAAGAAAACACUGAUUAUUCGAAAAUCCUACCCUUCAUUUUGAUCAUUCAAGAAGUCAACAAGAAGCACCAGCUCUUGCUCAAUCUCACUCUUGGCUACAACAUCCAUGACAACUAUAUGAACACCAUUGUGACUUCAAGUGCCUUGCUGGAUAUGGUCUCUACUGGAGAAGCCAAUGUUCCCAACUUCAACUGUGGAAGGAAAGACAACCUUUUGGCUCUUCUUGAUAAAAGUGAUGAUGACAUCUCUAUGCAGAUAUCCACUGUGGUAGGAACCUACAAAAUCCCACAGAUCUGGGAGGAGAAGGAACAAGGGCCAAGAGAGUUUGGUGGCUCCAAUGCUGCAGCCAUGGCAGUCCUUUUUGUUUUCUCAGAUACAGAAAAAUGCACCAAGUGCCCAGAUGAUCAAUACUCAAAUAAGAAGAGAGUCCAAUGUAUUCCAAAAGUUAUAACCUUUCUGACUUAUGAAGAAUAUCUGGGCAUCAUUCUGGCUUCUUUUGCUCUACUAUUAUUCCUAAUCACGGGAUUUAUUUCAAUCAUAUUCAUUAAAUACCGAGAAACUCCCAUUGUCAAAGCCAACAACCGGGAUCUCUCUUAUAUCCUGCUUGUCUCCCUCCUGCUUUGCUUCUUGUCUUCUUUCCUCUUCAUUGGUCAACCAGGAAAAGUCACCUGCCUUCUCCGACAAACAGUAUUCAGCAUUGUCUUCUCAGUAGCCGUAUCUUCUGUGUUGGCGAAAACUAUCACGGUGGUACUGGCUUUCCUGGCCACAAAACCAGGAAACCGAAUGAAGAGGUGGUUAGGGAAAAGUUUGGCCAAUUCCAUCAUCUUUUUUUGUUCUGUUGUCCAAGUUAUCAUUUGCUCCAUCUGGCUGGGAAUUUCUCCCCCAUUCCCUGACUCCGACUUCCACUCCAAGCCUGGAGAGAUCAUCUUGCAAUGCAAUGAAGGGUCUGUUGCCAUGUUCUACAUCACCCUCAGCUACAUGAGCUUCCUGGCUGUCAUCUGCUUCACAGUGGCUUUCCUGGCCAGGAACCUGCCUGGGGCCUUCAAUGAAGCCAAGCUGAUCAACUUCAGCAUGCUGGUCUUCUGUAGUGUCUGGGUGACUUUUGUCCCCACCUAUCUGAGCACCAAGGGGAAAUAUAUGGUGGCUGUUCAGGUCUUCUCCAUCUUGACCUCCAGUGCUGGUCUUCUUGGUUGUAUCUUUAUCCCCAAGUGCUACAUUAUCCUUCUCAGGCUAGACCUGAACACAAAGAAACAACUUACUGGCAGAAUAAAUGUAGAAAUAUGAACCAUAAACCAUU